GCGCUGGGGGAGAGGCUGUUGCGGCUGCAAGAUGAGUGAAUCGCUCGUGGUCUGUGACGUUGCUGAAGACCUAGUGGAGAAGCUGAGAAAAUUCCGUUUCCGCAAAGAAACGAACAAUGCUGCCAUUAUCAUGAAAAUCGACAAGGACAAGCAGCUGGUGGUCCUGGACGAAGAACACGAGGGCAUUUCUCCGGACGAGCUGAAGGACGAACUCCCGGAGAGGCAGCCUCGAUUCAUUGUCUACAGCUACAAGUACCAGCAUGACGACGGGAGAGUUUCUUACCCGCUCUGCUUCAUCUUCUCCAGCCCAGUUGGGUGCAAGCCGGAGCAGCAGAUGAUGUAUGCCGGCAGCAAAAAUAAGCUAGUGCAGACCGCGGAACUCACCAAGGUCUUUGAAAUCAGGAAUACAGAGGACCUCACCGAGGAAUGGCUCCGGGAGAAACUCGGCUUCUUCCAUUAAAAAAAGUCGGCAACACCUUCCAGCCUGGUGCGAACUGGAACCCGCCGUGGCUCCACCUUUCUAGAAUGCACUGUAUUUGCAGUUGUUUCCUGCAGUGUGUGUAUGUAUGUACAUAUAUAUAUAUAUUAUAUAUAUUUUGUGCGUGCAAAGUUUAUACAGUGAGCAGAGGAAAUGUCUCCUGCCUAACCAGACUUUGCCCUGGGUUUUUUCCUUCCUUUGUAACCAUUUAAAAGGGAACGAGUCUCCUCUGCAGGGACAAUACAGUUUGUUUUUGUGCUUGUGUGACUAAUAUUUCUCUGUGGCUUGAUCCGGAGCUUGCAGCUGCUUGCAGUUGUGGGACACAGUCUCGGAAAGAACAUCUCCCGCACAAGCCCCUUUGAACUGAACGGGCCUCUGCACCGCUCGUGCUUGUCUGAAGGGGAAUGUUUGGGGUCUGUUCCCGGCCACGCAUGUUCAUAGCCUGGGAACUUACAGUAACCGUUUGUCCUUGAGCUGCGGGUUCAUCCGCUCCUGUCAGAGACUGGACACUAAGACUUGUAUGCGAAAGCAGCGCUGUAUUCGGCGAUUUCAUCCGGGCAUAACGGGUUCUGAACUGCUCCCAAAUGCCCGCUUUCCGGAAUGUUAAUACCGGCACUUAGUCUGUCACCUCCUAACUGUUCAGGUUUCGGGAUCGACCACUUCCUUUUCCUUAAAAUUCCAGUGAUGAACUUGUCUGAUGCUGCACAACUUAACUCUGUUUCAGGUCAGAGGUUUGACCCGCCUAUUUUUAUGUGAGUAGAACAUAGCAUUUUUACUAGUCAAAUGGAAAGUAGAUUUUAAAAAAUUCUAAGGGCUCAGUGAUGCUUUCUGGUGGACAUCCAUUCCAGAAGUCUUUGUAAGUCAGUUUAUUAACCUUUCUCUUAAUGUCUUUUUGUCUUUUUAUACAAGCACUUCUCGGUUUGUGUGCCUUCUUUAAGGAAAAAUGCCUAUCUUUCAACGGAUUGUAAGAAAUCUUACACUGCUGUUUUUUUAAGAUGCUAAACUUGAUAUUGGCUGACUUGGUCUAAAAGACGAGGUCUAAAGCUGAUCUCUUCUCUCUCCUUCCUUCCCCUUGAGAACGUCACCUGCAGUGGUACAUGCCAGGGCUUAUGAUGCCAAGAAUUAUACUCGGACUCCUUCUCGGGCAUUGCUCCCGCCAAAAGACCCCGAUCCACCCCUGCUUCUUCACCCCACCCUUUUCUUCUUUCCUGGGACUUACCGUUUGCCAGUGUCCAGCGCAGGUUUGUCUUAAGGUAGUGCAUCUCCUCUGAUCCCCCACGACUGCAGAGCCCUUCUUGCCCCCCAGAAUUUCCAUUUGCAGAACUCAGCGGCCAUCUUGGCUGCCACCUUCUUUCAAGCUGGCCUUUUCUGGCUGCAAGACGAAGAUCUUGGAAGCCAGAGGGGUUUCUAGUGUCUGCCUGGGCAUGGGUGGGAAGGGGUAUCAGUCCCUGGCAAGGGCUCUUGCCCGUUGAAGUUCAGAACAAAUCAGGUGGCCGUGGAAUCUUGCUAUUUUCAUGCACCAUCCGAAUUUCCUGGGUGCAAAGCAUGGAACUCUGCUGAAGCUGGACUGCGCACGGUCUUGCUUCUAGAAGAAACUAACAACUUAGGAUGCAUGUGUGUACCCCCCCCCCCCCACCCCAGGCUUUCCUCCAAUGGCAGGGCUGCUCCUGCGUGACAGCUGGGCCGGGCCGGGCUUUCGCGAGAGGCGGGGUGGUCAGUUCUCCAGCCCCCAGAAGCACCUGCUGCCUCAGACCCCACAAUGCGCUCUUCCCCACCGCACACGCGGAGUCCUGCACUCAGCUGGCACCGCCGGCAGUCAGGGCUUUGCCACCUGCGCGUGCGAGGCUGGCGCGUCCGUGCCUCCCUCCGGGGUUUGUAAGACUAGAGCGUGAGCUCUCCGUUGGCCUUUCGAAGCCAGGCGGCUUUUCUCGUGAGAGCAGGGCUGCAGGCAGAGUCUUUAUCCGGCGUUGCUUUAGAGCCCAGAGGCAAGCGUGCAGCCGGCCAGAUCUGGCUUCGGGGUGCCGGGCUGCCAUCCUGAAGACAGGAAGCGGAACUUCCUAGUGGCAGGAGCUUGGCAGCGAGCCACCUUGUGAGGGCGGCACCAGCUUCCCCACGCUGGCACUCGCCAGCACGUUGGCUUCGACUCCCCCUGUGGGUGUUGCAGCUGAAAACAUCUAGAGUUGCUUGCUGCCAGCAAGAGGGGGCCUUGAGCAGUCCGUCUCUGCCCAGUGUGGCCAGAGAUCCGCCGUUUUUAUUGCCCUGCACGUUGUUGAGCUCGGGCAGCCAGUGGUUCCACUUGAAAAGGCCCGGUCCCUUUUUAACAAAAGACAAAAGAGAACCUCUCGGGAAGCCUUACUGAACUUCCUGUAAGUGGCAUUGUUCUAAGAUGCUGCACAGACCAUCUUUCUCCUCUCCCCCUUUCUGAACUAAUGACAAUCUUCAGGUUUUGUUAAUAGGGAAAUCCUUUCCAGCUUUGGAUUUUUAAAAAAUUCUUGUACAGCCAUUUCUCCCCUGCUCCACCAGGAGUGGAGAUGCAAGUCCAGUUUCCAGUAAGAAAACCUUAUGCUUCAUAGCAAAGUUUAAAAAACGAACCUUUUUAUUGACGGGCUGUGCUUUUUCAUACAGCAAUGGCCGAGGAUAAUCUUUUCGCUACAGAUGAACCCGAGCCUGCCAAAAGUAGCCUUUUGCAGUACCUCGGUUCAUAUCGUAGAAAGAUUUAUUGAAGGACCCUUUACGGAAGAUGCUCGGAGCCCCUUGAGGGGGAAAAUCGUGUUAUAAAUGCAAAUGCUAUUUCCAUGUAGAAUAACACAGGGAAGUUCUGUUCCACUGGGAGUUCUCAAGCUGACACUGGGCUAUAAAUACUUCGAAUAAAUCUCGCCUGCUUUGAGAGGGAGUAAGAUGCUGAAACUCUGCCUUUCAUGCCUUUAAAUCUAUACUGGAAGGACAGUUGCAGGCAUGCAGCUAACGCACAGGAACCACCUCUGUGGAAUCCCUCUGUAUUGUUGCCUUGAGGGGCAGCGGUGCCCUGCGGGAUGUGUUGCCCCAGUGGCUUGCAAAGCAGGCGGCCCCGACAGCGGUGCAGCUGGAACCCUCAUGCAACCGGAACCCUCGUGCAACCGGCUGCGCCAGACUCGAGGAACUGCAGCUGCCUCUCUCUCACGGCCUCACCAGGACUGCCUCAGAUCUGGGGGCAUCUUCCGAUGCGCAUACUUUGUGCGUUCGGUCGCUGCGUUUUGAAAUUUACACCGCGUAGAAGCUUGCUUUGCUCGCCCUGUGCAGGCUGUGAGAGCUGCUUAGUGGUUGCUUUACGGAGCCCCAAAAUCUACCCACCGGUGCCUGGCACAAAAGACAGACACCUAGAACUAAAGCACUUCGAAGUCAGGAAGUCGGAUUGCAUACUGAAUUCACAGCCCCCGUAUGCAGAAAUCCGCUCUCGGUUACCUUGAGCCGUCUUUAUUCCAGCAGUACAAUUUAAAGCGGGGUCUUCCUUUUGCUGCCACUCGGAAAGUUUGGAGCCAAAAAUCUUUGCUGACCUACUGCGGGUCACAUGGAUCUCCCAGCAGAUCCAGAUCUACUCCUACCAAAUUUCAUGCAACCUUCCACAACCUGGUGCCUUCCAGGUGCAUCGGACCACAACCUCUAUCAUCCCCACAUGAGUGCCCGAUUGGGCGACGCCUUCUUGAACAGGUGGCUUAGUCGUCGUGCUUAGGAAGUCCUUUUUUCGCCAAAGGAAGCCAUUUUUCUUAACCGUGAUCCAGUCCAAACAGGCAGCUUCAUGUUCUCCCCUCCCCCUUGUCUCCUGCUAAGCCUAAAACGCACUGACCUCAAAAGGGGGACGGAGGCGCUUUCAUGCGGCUGGGCUCAAUAGACUCGAUCGAGCGGCUGGCUGGCCAGCCGGGGCCUUUACGCAGCUGCGGUGCCGUCCGGCAGAAACAGUGCGGGCUCUGAGCCGAAAGGCAGCGGCGACCGGACCGAGCCGUACGGAGGCCGCUCUCCUCCUUAACGCGCCACGGUCUGCUCCCGAGCGUAUUGGGUAGGGCUUUGGUGCCCGCCACAUUGAGGUGGGCCACGCCUGCAGGCUCUUGUCUUCGCAGGCCCUCAGGAAAGGGCACGGGCGUCGUUUGCAAGCAGAGUUGGCCCUUGAGGACCCUGGGUGGCCUGCUGGACAGUCCGCCCGCCGUCUGCCGGCUCCAACGGGAUGCUGUGUGACUAUAGAGACCAUUCCACGAAUGCACGGACCUCGCGCUCGGCUUGCUUGUUCUUGCACCAGCCUUCCCCAGCCUGGUGCCCUCCGAGCGGCAACGCUCAUCCUUCCCAGUGUUCAUUCCACGUGGCUGGGGAAAGCUGCUUUUUCCACUGUUAGCAGCUGUCGGAGAACAAGGAACAGGGUAGCGCAGCCUGAGCAAUUCCCCAAGUGGCUGGGCUGCUGCAGAAAUGACAGGUUUGUUGGACGGAAGGGGUGCGGGUGGCCAACGUUUGUCCUUCUCCACUCAGAGCUUCGGUCUGAGUGCAAUUAAAAAGAAAAGUGUCUGGAGUGGGGAAUUCCUGCUGUGGGAUUUUAGGUGGGUCUUGAAUCUCUCGUCAUCUCAUCUCAUUUUGAAUCUUAAAUACACAUUCCGUGGAGUCUCCGGUAACUCCAGGGGCCGCCCCGGGAUGGCUCGUGCAAGUCCUUGGGGCCGCCGCAGGGAGCAAGGCCUUCGGCUCCUCGUUACUGGGGUUGCAUCCUGUCCCUUCUUGGCUGCCAGUGUCCCGUGUGGCCGUAGGCACGGGAAGCUGUGCUUGCAGCGCCGGAGUCAGCGGUAUUUCUGCACCGAAGAGGUCGCCCUUCUUGCGGGACUUCCCAGAACCUCCUGCGUGUGCAGCUCACUCGCUCUGCCGCUCAGCUGCUGGCAGCCAAGCCCUGCCGUUGCCUCCAGUGCGUUCGGGAGAAUAUUGGCUGCAUUUACAGGACCAAUAUUUGGGUCGGCACGAGUGAUGGGCGGCUAAGGCAGGGCCUGGUCUGGCCUAGAGUUCCCAUCACGCCUUAGCACCGGCUAGGCUGUCCGGGUAUGCCAGAAAGGAGAGGAGUGGAGAGCCACAAGCUGCUCACCCCAGUCCCAAGGAAAUGCGACCUGGUGGGGGGAAUUGCCGUCUGGGGACCUGCUAAUGCAGCAACAUAGGCCAGCCUGCCCUCUUCCAGAUCCAUUGGACAACAGCUCCCAUCUGGCUGGGGGGGUUCUGGGAGUUGUCCUCCUCCACAUCUGGAGUGCGGCAUGCUGGCAAAGCCUGCCUGUUCGUACGCAGAAAGAACACUCCUUCGUGGCAGCAACGUAAUUCAGAAGUCGCGGUGCCUCCUCGGGAGGCACUGUUGCGGAUUCUGCGUGUUUUUGUCGUUCAGCGAGCUAAUUCAGCAAAGAACCGUCACGGUGUCCACACACAUGGUGUUUUUCCCUUGAAUGCUGGCAUGUUUCUCUCUUCUUUCGAACCAAUGGUUUCCGUUUGUUGGUUUGUUUCUGGCUAAGCAUGGUGCCUGUACUGAUAUUGGUGACAACAAAAUGUUAAUAAACAAAUCCCCGCAAA